CCUCCACCUGUCAUCACUCAUCAGCCACCCCUGGCCAACCUAUAUUUCCGUCAUCUUUCCUCCUCCGCUCUUUUUUUCGACAUAUACGCGCGAGUGACAGAGAUAUAUUUCCUCUGUCACUCCAUCUCUCUGAGCGACAAGGUGUAUACCGUGCGGCUCUCUUGCCUUCCCCUCCAGGCCUCCACGUUGCAAUCCUGGACUCCCCGCAAUACCCCUCGCAUCUACUUUUCGCCUACCCUUGUCGCGUUCAGGCAAUCGACAUCCUCAAUGGCUUCCGAACAAAUCAACUCGUCCAAGAACGAGUACAGUGAAUCCGGCCCCCAACGCAGGGACGGCACUCCUCAUGCUGCUCUCGGAGCAAGCGCAACCCCUGCACCCUCCGGUUGGUUUCCUUUGGGCUACCGGGAGGGCUUCAGCCAAUGGUGGGCGUCAUUACCGGCUGCCACAACCGAACACAAAGUCCUCUCCUACCUACCCUAUCUUCAGCACCAACCCCCGACACACCUCCAAACCGGAAAGACCAGCACAGUCCCCAACGGCGGAUCGGGGAGUCUUCAGUCCGCCGAUCACACUGAGGAGGGCGAUGUCACUAUCAAUUCCACCAACGAUCCGUAUGGCCCGCGACGGUGGCGCUCAAGCAUGGUGGAGCUCAGCGGCAAGAAUCGAGCUUUGAACGAGUUUUCUGUCGAGCGUGUGGGUGAGGAUGUGGACCAGCAUUUGGUCAUGGUUCACGGCUAUGGAGCCGGCCUGGGCUUCUUCUACAAGAAUUUUGAACCCCUCAGCCGACUGAAAGGCUGGCAGCUCCACGCGCUGGACCUCCUAGGCAUGGGCCGCAGUACACGCCCACCGUUCCGCAUCAAAGCCAAGGAGCGAGAAGAGGCCAUCAAAGAAGCAGAGGCGUGGUUUGUGGACGCCUUGGAAGAAUGGCGCGUCAAGCGCAAGAUUGACCGCUUCACCCUCAUGGGCCACAGUCUGGGAGGCUACAUGGCAGUAGCCUACGCUCUCAAAUACCCAGGCCGUCUGAACAAGCUGAUUCUCGCCUCACCCGUGGGCAUUCCCGAAGACCCCUACGCAGUGAAGGCAGAAAUGCCCGAAUCCUCUACGGUAGCGAACGAGCUCACGCAGAAUCAACGCACUAUCGCCGAAUCCGCCUCCUCGGUCGCGCCCGGGGAAAUCCAGAAGGGAGACAACAACAUUCUCCUCAGAGGUGCUCCUCCCGAUUCCCCAGACCGCCCUCCUCGCCGAUUGGUUCCGAAAUGGUUCGCCUAUCUCUGGGAUGCCAACAUCUCUCCCUUCAGUCUGGUGCGGUGGGCGGGACCCCUCGGCCCGCGCCUGGUCUCCGGGUGGACCUCUCGCCGCUUCUCCCAUCUCCCGGCAGACGAAGCCAAGGCCUUGCACGACUACUCUUACUCGAUCUUCAGCCUCCGUGGUAGUGGUGAAUACGCUCUAUCUUACAUCCUGGCGCCCGGUGCAUUCGCCCGCAGCCCGUUGAUCCGUCGCAUUCAGGGUGUCGGCCGGCAAUACAUCGAGCAGAACCCAUCCCCCGCGUCCACCCUCCUGGACUCUACCAAGGCCGCCGCAGCAUCUGAAGCUGCUGUCCCCUCGUCCUCGUCACAAUCCCCCUCGGCCAAGCGCGAAAUCGGCCUCCCCGUGGUGUUCAUGUAUGGAGACCACGACUGGAUGGACGUGAAGGGUGGCAUCGCCGCCAAAGCCAAGUUAGACGAGGAAAAGGAGCGGGCCCUCCGGAAUGCGACGCCGGAAGAGCGCGAGGCGGACAAUGGCUCUGCCAAGGUGGUAAUCAUCAAGAACUCCGGGCAUCACGUCUACCUCGAUGGGUGGGAGGAGUUCAACCGGGUGGUCCUGGCUGAGAUGGAAGAGGUAGAACGCAAGGAAAGGGCGAAAAGAGAGUAAGCUUUUCUAGUUGUUCGUGUGUGCGAUUGCUCGGCUUUGGUGGGGCUUCCCUUGGAGUGAAGAAGUCAUAAGGAGUUUGGAUCCAUUUGCAGCGGUGGGUGUGCUUGAUCGAUCAGAAGCGUUGUUGAUUCCAUCUUUUUGUUGUUGUCCAUAUACUAUAACUUAUACUACACUAUACAAUGUCUAUGAUCUGGGGAUAAGGAUAAUGAGAAAGAAGAUCAUC